AUGGCUCGUCUUUCUAAUUUAGUUUUACUUUAUUUCACGGCCUACGUGGGCGCGAACUUGGCCUACAAGUCCAGACCCGACCUCGCUGUCCCAGUCUUGAACAUCACAAUUCCAGCAACAAACGAAACUGCUGAUGGUCUUAUCUUCUAUACUCCCGAAAGCACCUUUGCAGAUAACACCGGCCACGGCCCUGCUCAAAGCGGUCCCUACAUCUAUACCGAUAAAGGCGAGCUAGUGUGGUCAGGUUUUGGAUACAUCGGUCCCAGGAGUGAGAAUUUUCAGGUGCAUACCUACAGAGGAGAGCAAGUCUUGAGCAUUUUCGAAGGCUCGCACAACUCACCAAUGGGUCAUGGCCACGGCCACACUACCAUCCUCGACAACAAAUAUCGAUUGCUCAAACAGAUCAAAGGCGGAGGGCACAAAUUGGCCGACCAGCACGAAUUUCUGUUCUUCGAUGAUGAUUCCGCACUAUUCACUGUCUACGACCCCGAGAUCCACGAUCUGACUGAUUAUGGGGCCACUUCGGAGAACCAACAGUGGAUUUUAGAUAACAAGAUUCAAAAAGUGAAUACUGAUACAAAUCAGGUCUUGUGGGAAUGGAGCUCACUUGACCAUGUUAACCCUGCUGGAACCAACUUGACCUUGCAGAGUGGGAACGCUGGACUGGGAGUGAAUUCAAGUCAAGUCUGGCACUACUUUUACAUGAAUGCGUUCGAUGUCGACCCGAAAAGUAACACUUAUCUGCUAUCUGCCCGGAGCAUGUGCACAAUCUUCAAAAUGGAUGGCAACACUGGCGACAUAAUUUGGCAACUGGGAGGGAAGAACUCCGAUUUCUCGCUUGGCGAAGGCGUCGACUUCUGCUACCAGCACGAUACUAGAAUGCACCAGAAAUACCUGCACCAUGAAACAAAGGGCUCCAAGGAAAUUAUUUCAUUCUUUGAUAACUCCGCACACGAGAAUCUUGCCGGAGGCCCAAUUCUGCAAACGCGUGAUUAUAGCGCUGGGAAGGUCGUCGAGCUUGACACAAAGAAGCGAACGGCCAAAUUAAUUGCCAUGUUUCGGGCACCUGGAGAUCUGUCAGUCAGAUCUCAGGGAAAUUGUCAACUGUUGCCGAACGGUAAUGCCUUCAUCAACUGGGGGUACGACGGCGCCAUGUCCGAGCAUAAGCCUGAUGGAACAACUAUAUUCUUCACAAAACUGGAUUCGGGAAGGUUUGGUCCUGGAUCCGAAAACUACCGAGCAUUCAAGUUCAACUGGCAUGCCGUUCCCCACGAGGAGCCGGCAUUUGUUGCCUUCAAAGAAUCGAAUGGGACCUCUCUUUAUAUCAGUUGGAAUGGAGAUACAGAGACCACAAUCUGGAAAUUUUAUGAGCAGAAGAACGGCAAGGAGGUUUUACUUGGCGGGACAAGCAAGAACGGGUUCGAAACGAAAUUCCAAACUGGAAAGAGCCCAGCUCAUGUGGUGGCUAAAGCAUAUGAUGGCCAUGGAAAACAUCUCGUUUCUUCGCUAGUCAUCAAGGUCAAAGAAUACAGAUCACCGCUGCAUUACUAA